AGGCGCCACUGGAGCGCACUGGCUGCCACGGCGCGUAUGCUCCUCCGGCUGCUUGUUUGCCUUGCGGCGUCCUGGUCAACCUAAGAGUUGUGCUUCCGGUGCGAAGGUCAGGGGCAAGAUGGUGCCGCCGGUGCAGGUCUCUCCUCUCAUCAAGCUCGGCCGCUACUCCGCCCUGUUCCUCGGCAUGGCCUACGGAGCCACACGCUACAGUUACCUAAAACCCCGAGCGGAAGAGGAGAGAAGGAUAGCAGCAGAGGAGAAGAAGAAGCAGGAUGAGCUGAAGCGGAUUGCCCGAGAGCUGGCAGAAGCCCAAGAUGACAGCAUAUUAAAGUGAGAAGUCUGUGCAGGCCUUUUUUCUCUGGAGCAGCAAUAGAUGAAUAAAGCUUCCUAUGUUGUA